AUGCAUUCAAGAACUGGUUGUGUAGACACAAACGUUGGAGUUGAAAGAGUAACUGAGUAUUUGCUGCAACAGGCAACUACAAAGUGUGUCCCUCAACUGUGGCAACCAAAGAGUGGGUUGCUGAUGAUCAAUGACCUUCCCGAAAGUAACAUCGACUUAGUCUCACCGUGCUUUUGUUUGUCCAAGAAUGAUUCUUAUGUUGUCUCAGCAUCUGGAAAGAUGGUUUCUUUGUUCAACAUGUUGAUUUUUAAGAGAAUGAGAAGUUUCAUGCAAUCCCCACCUGCAGCAACAUGUAUUGUUUUCUAUCCGCCUGAUAACAACAUAAUCGCUAUUGGUAUGGAUGAUUCAACAAUUCUCAUCUAUAAUGUCCGUGUGGACGAGUUGACAAAUAAGCUUAAGGGCCAUUCUAAGAGAAUUAGCAGCCUUUCUUUCUCAACCGUGUUAAAUGUACUUGUCUCUUCUGGAUUGGAUGCUCAGAUUGUUGUAUGGGAUUCAAUCACGUGGGAGAAAAAGAACAACACAUUUUUAGAGAUUUCCUCCGGUUGGUUACCUUCAGAACUAUCGGAGACUCAUGUCCAAUUUGACAAGGAUGAAAGACACUUUCUUGCUGUACAUGAGACUCAACUUGCAAUAUACGAAACAACAAAACUACAGUGUGUUAAGCAGUGGGUCGUUGGAAACUUCUGUGCACGGAUUGCCCAUGCUGCAUUUUCUUGUGAUGCUGAAUUGUUAUACACUGUCAUGAGGGAUGGAAUUGUUCUGAUACUCGGUGCUUCAGAUCUCGUUCCAAGAUUUGAGAUUGAUCCCUCUGCUUACCUUCCACAGCAUAUCAGAACUCGUGUAUAUCCACUGGUGGUUGCCGCUCAUCCACAAAAGGCAAACCAGUUUGCCUUAGGGUUAUCGGAUGGUGGAGUCGUCAUCAUUGAACCCAUGGAAUCUGAAAGUACAUGGACUGCGCCCCUCCAGGUCGAAAAUUGAGGGCAUGUUUGGUAGGCUGGAUUAGACAAUAUUGGACAGGUUUAGCGAGAGAAAAAAGGUACUUGCACCGAACACAUCCGAAGAUAUCAAGAAAUUGAGCAUGCAUUCAAGAAAUGGUUGUGUAGACACAAACGUUGGAGUUGGUGAGAAAAAAUGGUAUAAAGAGAUUUGAGUUUGGAUGGAUUCAAAUUCAACUGUUUUGCUGUAAUGGAAUGCAUUUUGAGCCUACUACAUUUUGAGUGGAUUUGA